AUGGAGGGGUUGACGCAGCCCCCGGUGUCGCCGGAGCGCGACGGCGGCGAGGGCUUCGUGCUCACGCAGCCGCCGUGCGUCGACGAGGCUGGGGCGGACGCGCCGCCGCGCAUCGCCUUCGUGCUGCGGCCGACGGCGGCGGCCGCGGCGGCGUCGACGGAGCCGGUGGAGCUGGUGGCCGAGUCGACGGUCGUCGUCGGCCGCGAGCCGCCGGCGGACAUCCUUCUCGUCGACAUGGAGCGGACGGCGACGACGACGCUGCGCCCGUUCGUGUCGGCGAGCCACGCGACGCUGCGCGUGGCGCUGGAGGACGGGAUGGACGUGGCGUACGUGGCGACGCACACCAUGUCCGACGGCAAGACCGCCGCCGGGCUCUGGCUCGGCGGCGAGCGCCUCGCCGCGGGCCAGGAGCGCCGCAUCGCCGUCGGGGCGACGCUGCGCUUCGGGACGCUCAAGGACGAGGCGUCCAUGCCCUACGACAAGUUCAACUACACGCUCACGAGGCUCAACAUCGACAUGGCGCCGCUGCGGACCGGCCGCGGGCGGACGGACGAGACGACGACGACGACGAAGCUGACGAGGAACCAGAAGAAGAGGAAGCGACGGAAGCAGGACAGGGACGACCUACAGGACGAGCUCGACCGCGUGAAGGCCGAGAACGCGCGGCUCAAAGACGCCGCGCGGCUCGGCACCAAGCACCGGAAGCACGACGCACGACGGAAGCGACGACGACGACGACGCGACGACGACGACGACGACAACGACGACGAGGACGACACGCCGAUCUGCCGGGAUUUCAACAAUGGAGGCUGCAGUUGGCCCGCGUGUAGACUCCUCUCUGCGCUCCGCGAGGCGCGCGUGUCCUACGACCGGGAGGUCCUCGGCGUCUUCGCGGACCUGGUGCCCGCCGACGCGGCCACGUCCUUCUUCGAGCAGCACGCGGGCAAGGGGGCCCGGGAUAAGGCCGGCAUCGUCCCGGACUUCAAGCUCGUGCCGGGCGGCCGCGCCGCGCAGCUCGCCGACGUCAAGACCAUCGGCUUCGCCAAGUCGCGCUACGGCCGGUCGCCCGCCCGCAGAGGCGGCACCUUGCCGUGCGACGAGCGCGCGGGCAUCAUCAACCGCGAGUACCGCCUGCACGCCGAGAAGCUCGACAAGAAGUUCUACCCGGACGAGGCUUCGCCGGGUCCCUUCGAGCGCCGCCUCGGAUCCUUCGGCUCCGUCGUCGGCUUCGUGGCGGGCUACUUCGGCGAGCUGAGCAAGGGCGCCCACGAGGUCCUGGCCAUGGCCGCCGAGGAGAUCGCGGAGCGGACCUGGGUCGAGGCCGGCGCCACGAGCCUCGACCACGCGAAGUCGAUCCAGAAGCAGCGGCUCUACCGCGAGUGGGGCGUCGCCUCCGUGCGCGCGGUCGCGCGGAUCAAGAUCGAAGGCCUCGGCCUCAUCGGCGCCCCGUCGUCGAUCCCGCGGCCCGACUACGGCCGGGACGCGGCCGCGAAGCGGGCCCGCGACGCGGCCUACGCCCGCGCGGCCCGCGGCACCGGCGGGACCUUCGGCGUCGCCUACGAGCAGUAG